AUGGGUAAGACGGUGCCCCUCGAAACCGCCAAGAUCCGCAUCAAAGGACGUGUGAGUUCAGGAACCCAGCGCUCCGAGCGCGGCAGCCUCAUCCUCAAAUCGCUCAUGCUCAACAAGGCUCCAGCCACAUUCUUGUUCAUCGUGAGCAUGUUGCUCCCCGGCCUGAGCGACGUCGACGACCUGGACAGCCUUGAAGCGUUCGCUGAGCACAAGGCCAUCACGAAUGCCUACCGCAGGAACAACUACAAGCCUGUGAGCUUGGAGUAUAACGACGAUGCGCUGUUCCAGAACGUGCUCACGGACGAGGGCUUCGCACAUUGGAUUGCCCAGUACUUACGUAUCAAGCCUGGCGGUGCCAGCAACACGGGCAUAGCGCGCAGCAGUUGGGUGGCAGAGCUCUACCGCCCGCUCCCCAAUGGAUUCAAGGGCUCCUCGGACCUGGUCAUAGUGGACAACAGUGCGGUGGCGAACCUGCACAUGAAGUACGAGGGCACCUUCAUCGUGCGAGCCAACGCGGCCCAGGCAGCUGCGCGCGCGAAUAUGAGGAGCGGAUGA